AUGAACCUAUUUAUAAGAAAUAUUAAAACAAUAUGUUUAAGAUUGAAAACUAUUGAUCAGGAAUUCAAAAAUACCACAUAAAAGUAAUAUAUAAAAAAAGAUAAUAAUUUCUAAAUCUAAGAUCAAAAUAUAUAAAUAAUCAAAGAACUCAGAUACAUAUAUAUUAAUUAUACCAAGUUAUUUGAAUAUCCAAUUCUAAGCAAUUUGAUAAACAUAUAAGAAUUAAUUUUGAUAUCUUUUAUACUCUUAAUUAUUAUUGUAGAAUAAAUAAGCAAUUUUAUGAUAAAUCUUCACUCUCUAUAUUCAUAUCAACAAUUAGAACCAAAGAUAUAAAACUAAAUCAAUCCUUAAAUUUUAUAAAUUAAAAAUCAAAAUAAUUUAAUUAAAAAUAAUUAAAAUAAUAAAACAAACAAUACACUAAGCUAAGUCAAUCCUAAAAAUAAACUCAUUCAUUCUAUCAUUAAGCAGAAACUACACAAUCAAUCGAAAUAAUUAAAUAUCUACUAAAAAAAACAAUGUGAUAAUCAUUCCAUCAAAUUCAUUUUUGAUUUAACACCUCUAUCAAACCAAUCUAAAAAAUGUAGAAUACAUUAUAAAAACAGACUCAAAAUUAGUUGAAUCAUUGAAAAAUUAAUCCAUAUAUAUGAUCAACAAAGAUUCAAUUUAAACAAUUCACCUUCUAUUCAAAUCAAUUUUAAUUAAAAUUAUAAUAAUGUAUAAUUAAUUCUUAAAAUACAACAAUCUUAAAUUCGUUAAAGAAGAUGAAAUUUUGGAAUCGCAUUUCAAAUGGAAAAAUUAUAGCCUAACAUGCAUCUGCCAAUCUAAAGAAUUUUUAACCACUUUAAUCAUUGACCACAAAUUUAGAAAUUGA